UAGUCGUCCAUUAAGAAAAAAUCUUCGAUCUAGAGCAAAGUUAAAUAGGAACAAAAAGAAAAACAAUUUAGAAUUAUUGGACGUAAUGAAAUACAACAGCGAUGACGAUUAUGUGGAUCACGAUGUUAAGUACCAAUGUGAGAAAUGUUGUCAAGAAUUUACUACUAAGGCACUAUUAAAUAAACAUAAGAAAAAAUGCGACACAGAAAAAGUAAAAGGAACAACCAAAAAUUCGGAAAAUAGUAUUGUAAAACUAGAAUCCGGAAAGAAGCUGUAUCUUUGUAAAAAAUGUCCUAUGGUAUUUCCAAUGUAUAAACUACUAAGAGAACAUCGAAAAGAACACAUUCAAAAAGACUACGUCGAAGAACAUUCUUACACGUUCGACGAACUGCAAGAGCUUUUUAUUUGUAAUACGUGUUCGGCAGAGUUUAAGGAUGAGGAUGAAGCGGAAAAACAUACGAAAGCCCACGGCGAAAUAUUCGACUGUCCGCUGUGCGAGAAUAAGUUUCAAACGUUAUUCCAGUUGGGCAAACAUUUGAAAGUCACUCACAACGACGACGAUCAGUUUACGUGUCCGCUUUGUGCGGAUCUUAAGUUUUCCAAUGCUUCCUUAUUUAUGAAACACAUCAACAUCAAGCAUCAGCAACGGUUUUCGCAUAACUGUCAAACAUGUGGUAGAGGAUUUCAUAGUAAAACUCUUUGCGAGGAGCACAGUAACGUGCAUCUAGGUCUGAAACCUUUCUCUUGCGUAGUUUGCGGUGCUAAGUUCGCCUAUUCCAAAUCAGUAACCACUCAUCAGUUGAAAGCUCACAGGGUAGAGAUCCUUGGCAAGGACCAUGCCACCGAAUGUACUUACUGCAAAAAUCGGUUUGUAUCGAUUGCUUCGUUGCAACGGCACAUAAACCAAGCUCAUGCUACACCGAAACCGAAAGAGAAGAGUCACCUGUGCGAUAUCUGCGGUAAGGGGUUUGCGAAGAGAAACAAAAUGGUCGUCCAUCAGAGGGUUCACACCGGAGACAAACCGUACGAGUGCAACUAUUGCGACAAACGGUUCGCUAAGUCUGGCGAAAGGAACUGUCACCAGAGAAUCCAUACUGGGGAGCGGCCCUACAGUUGUGAAUAUUGCGGAAAGCGAUUUAGGCAAACUGCGCCGUUCAAAGUGCAUAUCAGGACUCAUACCGGUGAAAGACCUUAUGUGUGCGAUGUUUGUUUGAAAGGAUAUACUACGAAUCAGGGACUGAGGCUCCAUAGAAAAAACUGUGGUAUAAUUUUUCUUUAAUUUUUAUUAUACAAUUUGUAUUUUUUUAUAAUUUUGUGUUAAAUACUGAGAUGCUAGAAUAUCAUUGAAUUAUUAACUUAACAUUUUCUAUCAGAUUGGCUAUCAGAUAUUUUGGUGAAAGUUUGAAUUACCCUGCGGAAUAUGUAUAUAGCAAUGCAAGAAAAUUAAAAUCAUUUUAUCAUCUAGGUGUGUCUUUUCUCGAUUUGUUGAUUCAUUUUUAUAUCUUUAUUUUUAUUGGAGAUACUCUAUUCGCUUUCAAAUAAGACAUUAACGAUCUACAGCAAUGUCAAUCCCCACAGUCAAUCCGUUUGCCAAAAAUCAGCAUCAAACGUCAAGCAGUUUAA